UCAUGCUGAUGCAGAUCCGUCCGGCUAGCGGGGGGAGAGGAGGAGAGAGGGAUGCCGAAAUGAAACUUCCCCUCAGCACUCCUUUUUCUGACCUGAGCAGGAGAAGAUGGAGCGCGACCCGAGCACCUGUUUUCACCGGACUUGAGCGCUUCCUGUCAUCGCGAUAAAACUGAGGUGAACGCGACGCAGUUGCAGAAAAGCGACCAUAUUGAGGUCAGAGGAAAGCGUUGCCAGGGCGACCGGCUUGCUGGGGAGGACACUGCGGUGCGCGUCACUCGCCGGGGAAACGAGCUUGCGCACGUACGGGUGCGCGCCGGAGCCAGCCGACGCGGUCACGGGCAUCCACACGACAGCAGCAGCAGCAGCAGCAGCUUUUCGCACGAGACCACCGGAAGACCGAGCAGUCUAUGCCCGCCGUCACGGAGACAAGUUGGAGCAAUCCGCGGCUCGCACCGGGACUCGGACACGGCGCUCUGCGUUGUCGGAGGUCUCGUUGAGGGGAUUUAUUGAGGAUUUAUCGACGACGUCCCAGAAAGAAAGCAAAAAAUAAAUAAAUAAAAAAAUAGCUCAAGAACUGAGAAGCUGCGACCAUUGGUCAGCACAGGUGACGCUCUCCCGGCUCUCAAAUCCGCCGAGACCCCGCGGACACAAGUUCUUUUGGGCUUAUUUUUUUCCGUGUCAGGGCCUCGACUCAAACAGCCAUUCCUCCGGCGGCAAAGCGGACCGUCGGCCGAUACAUGAAUUGAUAAGUGUCCGUGCCGGAGAAGAGCGUGCCCGCUCGGAUGGGGAGUCACACCGAGCCGCUGCGCUGCUGGUACCGGAGAGGAGCCCUUCAUCCUAGACCCUCAGUGUCCACUGCCCCCCCGUGUCCAGGCAUGAAGUCCCACCUGCUGGCCCGGCAGGAGUGAUCGAGAUAGUGCUGUCGGGUGGAGGGGGAGGAGGGGGUCGGGUGGGGGAGAGGGUGAGGUUUUUCUUAAAGGUGGUGUUUUUUUUUUUUUUUUUCAACGAGCAAGUAUUUUACAAAGGCUGGAAAUUGACCACCGGUGGAGGAAGGUUUGGUGAAGAGGAGGAGGAGGAGGAAUCAUCAGUGGGAAUCUGGAAGCCCACCAGCAGCAGGAUCCCAAUCUAACAGAUUUCAGUGGCUGAAAAAAAGGCGUCGAUCAAAUGAUCUGGAUAAUCGAGGACCGAUAGGGAUGGAACGCAACAGAACCAUGACUGGGGUAGCGUUUUGGAUCCUUGUUGCUCAGAAUCAACACUGACCUGGCACCCAGGCCGAGGUCUGGCCUCCUUCCCCCGGCGACUUUUCUUUCCCCCAGCGACUACUUUGCCCUCCAUCUGACCUCCAGUCAGAGCACCUGGCCUUGAUCAUACCCUUUCAAGGUCUGUCUGCUUUGGGGUUUUUACAACCUCUUAUGCUUUACUUUCCAAACUGUUGGUUAUAAUCCACACUCUCUCAUAAAAAGACUCAAGUACCCUAAAAAAGACCAUGAAUCCAGUCAUGUACCCCCUUCCGCUUUCUCUAAGCAAACAAGGGCGGCAGGCGUUGUUGUCCCGAACGCGCCCCCAUAGUCUCCUUACGGACUGGUGCCUAGUGGGCUUUCUAGGCCUCAUUGUGCUCUUCAGCCUGGCCUCGAGUCAGAAAACGGACCCUUCCAAGCACCCUUUAGUUACUACCAAUUACGGUAAGAUCAGAGGCAUCAAGAAGGACUUGAACAAUGAGAUCUUGGGUCCUGUAGAGCAGUACCUUGGCGUCCCCUAUGCCACGGCACCCAUCGGCGACCGCCGCUUCCAGCCGCCCGAAGCCCCGGGAUCCUGGCAGGAGAUCCGCAACGCCACCCAGUUUGCCCCCGUGUGCCCUCAGAACGUCCACGGCGUGCUCCCGGAGAUUAUGCUGCCCGUGUGGUUCACCGACAAUCUGGACGUGGCGGCGGGUUACAUCCAAAACCAGAGCGAGGACUGCCUCUACCUCAAUAUCUACGUGCCCACUGAGGAUGGUCCGCUCACAAAAAAACACGAUGAAUCUUCAAUGAACAAGCCUCGAGACGAAGAUAUCCGGGACCGCAGGAAGAAGCCGGUGAUGCUGUUUAUUCACGGCGGCUCCUACAUGGAAGGCACCGGAAACAUGUUCGAUGCCAGCGUCCUGGCCGCCUACGGCAACGUGAUCGUGGUGACCAUGAACUACCGGCUCGGCGUGCUCGGCUUCCUCAGCACAGGGGAUCAGUCCGCUAAGGGGAACUACGGCCUGCUGGACCAGAUUCAGGCGCUGCGCUGGCUCAACGAGAACAUCGGCCACUUUGGCGGAGACCCGGAUCGAAUCACCAUCUUCGGGUCCGGAGCUGGGGCGUCCUGCGUCAACCUCCUCAUCCUCUCGCACCACUCGGAGGGUCUGUUCCACAGGGCCAUCGCCCAGAGUGGAACCGCCAUCUCCAGCUGGUCCGUCAACUACCAGCCCCUGAAGUACACAAAGAUCCUGGCCCGGAAGGUGGGCUGCACCUACACCGAGACCGCUGACCUGGUUGACUGCUUGAGGCGCAAGAACUUCAGGGAGCUGGUGGACCAGGACAUCCAGCCAGCGCGAUACCACAUCGCCUUCGGCCCGGUGGUGGACGGAGACGUGGUGCCCGACGACCCCGAGAUCCUCAUGCAGCAGGGGGAGUUCCUGAACUAUGACAUCCUUAUAGGAGUGAACCAAGGAGAGGGACUGAAGUUUGUGGACGACAGCGAGGACAACGACGGCAUCUCAGCGGCCGCAUUCGACUACACCAUCUCCAACUUUGUUGACAACCUCUAUGGCUACCCUGAGGGCAAAGACAUCCUGAGGGAGACCAUUAAAUUCAUGUACACGGACUGGGCGGACAGGGACAAUGGCGACAUGCGCAGGAAGACACUCCUAGCCCUGUUUACGGACCACCAGUGGGUGGCGCCCGCAGUGGCCACCGCCAAACUCCACGCAGAGUUUCAGUCGCCGGUUUACUUCUACACGUUCUACCACCACUGCCAGACGGAGACGCGUCCCGAGUGGGCCGAUGCAGCCCACGGAGAUGAGAUACCGUACGUGUUCGGCGUUCCCAUGAUCGGUGCUACAGAUCUGUUCCCGUGCAACUUCUCUAAGAAUGACGUGAUGUUGAGCGCCGUGGUCAUGACCUACUGGACCAACUUCGCCAAAACCGGGGACCCCAACCUGCCAGUCCCUCAGGACACCAAGUUCAUUCACACCAAACCCAACCGCUUUGAAGAGGUAAUCUGGACCAAGUUCAACUCGAAGGAUAAGCAGUACCUGCACAUUGGAUUAAAACCCCGUGUCAGAGACAACUACAGGGCUAACAAGGUGGCCUUUUGGCUGGAAUUAGUCCCCCACCUCCAUAGUUUACAUGAGGAGCUCUUCCCCACCACAACCCGCUCUCCAGCAGGCCCGGGCCACGUCACCCCCAGAUCGGGCCGCGGCCCAACCCGUCACCCUUACCCCACCUUUGCCUCUGAUCCGGACCUCGACGGUUCAGAGCGUCCGCGACCGGAAAUCUUCCCCGGAGACACCCGGGACUACUCCACCGAGCUGAGCGUGACGGUCGCCGUGGGGGCGUCGCUCCUCUUCCUCAACAUCCUGGCAUUCGCUGCCCUUUACUACAAGCGCGACAAGCGGCACGAGAUGCGGCGCCACCGGCUGUCACCCCAACGCGGCGGGACGGCCAACGACCUGGCUCACAGCCAAGAGGAGGAGAUCAUGUCCCUGCAGAUGAAGCACUCCGAGCACGACUCUCACCACGACAUGGAGCCCCUCCGGCCCCACGAUAUCCUACGGCCCGCCUGCCCGCCUGACUACACGCUGGCGCUGCGCCGGGCCCCCGACGACGUGCCCCUAAUGACACCCAACACCAUCACCAUGAUCCCCAGUACCAUCACCAGCAUGCAGCCUCUUCAUGCCUUCAACACCUUCCCCUCUACCGGCCACAACAACACCCUGCCCCAUCCCCACUCCACCACCAGGGUAUAGUGGGGACUAGCACGACACAGCGCCACCUUAGGACCAGGGAGAGUGGCUCUGCUGCUUAUCUAGAAGGGAGGCCCCUGGAUGUGGGUCCAUGUUCUCUUCUCCUAUUCACUUUCUCCACAAACAACUCCACCUCCUCCAUCGUGCGCUGUCAAACUCAACAGCUCCACCGGUGUCGUGUGGAGAAGCAACUGAACUGCAUGGCAGCAGGUGAUCCGUUCGGGGGUGAUUUAGAUUGUUCAACGAUCCGGUUUUCAAAGGUAUGCCGUUUCCAGACUAAAGCCCCCUGAGACUACGCUGAAAGACAAAUGCCUUUUGGCCCUUGAGGUUUUCUUCCUCUUCUUAUUUUCUCUCCCUGGUGUGCUACGUGCAUUUAUCGAUCUCUUUUCUACAUCUCUGUCUUAUCCCUGCUUUGUUCCUCUCAUUCAUGGGAUUAUUUCUCUCUCCCCUGCGCUCCUUUGCUCCAGGGACUCACAAGGUACCUGUAGGAUGGGGCCACCAGUAAUCAUAUAGCUAGGAAAACGUCGAUAUCUGAUACUGUCAUUGUACCAGCAUUCUUGGUGCCAAGUAUGUACUACUGUGUUUGCUUUUCAUCGAGGGAGAAAAAAACAAAAGAAAAUCCUUGAGUAUUCCUAUUUACUGUCAAUUAACAGAUGCUGUGUGUUCUCAUGACAAAGUGCCAAACUGGCCCUCGAUUGUGUUGAUUUUUUUUCUUUAUUUCAUGUUUUUCUGUUCAAGCAUUUGUUUAGUUGUUGUUUUUUGUGGAAAGAUCUUUUGCUGAAAAUAUAGAUAUAGAGAAAUGAUAUUAUAUAUAGUUAUAUAUAAAUGUGUACAAAGGAGAAAGUAUAUAAAGGGUUUUUCUCAGUGGGGAUCUAUGCAUGAAUUAUUUUUCAAGAUGAUGACAAGGGUGGGUGGGGGGGGGAGGACAUUGUUUCUGCCAAUGCACGUUUCCCUAAUCUAAUCAAAUCAUAUCAGCUCUGGAUAUCUUGGUUUAUUUUUGAGAACUCACAGGACAAGAACAUCACGGAAAAUCCCCCCAAAUUGUCUCUACCUUCCAACACGCAUUUAUUAAACAGAUCAUCUCAAAUCCCAUAAGAUGUUGAUCAACUCUGGACAUACUCUUCCAUUCAUUCUCUCCUACGUGGUGUUAAUUAGAUCUUUUUCUCCAACCAGGUGACGCCGCAAGCCCAUCGUGCAGUAGCUACUUUCUGUCUGUUUGGAGGUGAUCGCGUUUUAGGGUGCGGAAAGUACAAAACCUGUUGUUGUAGCUCCACUGAACAGAACUAUUUUUGUAUUUCAUUGAGGGAGACAAACAAGGCAGACGGCCUUUGCUAUUUUAAGUACACGUUCUCCUGUGUGCCUGCCUGAGUGUGUGUGUUUGGGGGGGGUGUGAUGUCAGAGAUAUGUCACAUUGGCGUAGGUGGGCCACCUAAGCGAUAGAAAUGCAUACACAACCCCCCCCCCCCCCGCCCCCUCGUACAAACUGCAAAACAAGUCCUCCCCCUCCCCCCUCCUCAAUAUCAACCUUCCUUCUCUUGGGUCUGUUAGUACACUACCUUUUUAUUUGAGAGUGACGCUCAUAUUGCAGAGAUCAAAUCCCCGCUGUGAGCACCAAACCUCUGAACACCUGACUACACUGUGUCAGAUUCUAGACAAAUUUCUGACCUCAGUUAAGCUGUGCUAAUGUCCUCACAUUCAAGGGUAAGUUCACAAAGCUAGUGACUUUUUUUGGGGGAAGCUCAUUAGUUGUAUAUUAAAACUAAGCACACUGAGGGUAACCGGUGGGGCUCGGCGGCUGCGACGCGGAGCUGCAACAUAAAAACAGCGCUCAUAUCUCCCAAACAGGGUGAAAGCCACAACUGCUGUUUCAGAUUCUGUGUUUUCCUCUUUGGGGGAGAAUGUGCAGGCCUUUAGCUCAGCGAUGCCCCACUCCACCUCCCUGAGAUUCUCUGCUAGGGGUUUUACACAUUGGACGAUGGUGUUGUUUGAGCCCACAGGAACACACGGUAGCCUACGUGCAGUAUGGGGGAUAUUAGUCACUGGUGCUGUCUUUGCUUGUGCUCUAGCUAUAGCCUGUUUGUUUUCUAUUUUAUAACUGCCUAACAGGAAGGGUGGGGAGGUACAGAAGGGAGAGAAAUACACCUGGCAGCUCCUGUCAGAGAUUUUGUACGCCCUCUGAAAGGGAAAUGUGCACAAUGUAAAAGAGCGUUCUGCGGGUGAAUAAAUGCAGUGGAACCGAUGAUGGACAGCAAGGCAAGAAAAGGUGCACGCUGUGGAAAAGAGACUUUGGGAGGAGAUUGGAAAAACACUCGGCCUUAAAUGUAGAAAACGGAAAGGAAAAUGCGGAGAUUCAAAGGCAUGGUCAUCUUUCUACCCACAAUGUCUGCCAGGAGGAAACCUACCUUAUCUGCCCUACGGAGGAUCAAACAUCCUGUCCGAUGUCCGACCAGACACACGUGAACCCUUUUGUACGGGUUCCUGUGGAUGAGGAGGCAGCGAGGGGUUGUGAGGUAAACCUCACCACAGCACAGCAACAAUGAAACCACCAGAGGAGAAAACUCUAACAAGGUAUUUAGUUCUUUUACCCUGUCUAUUUUAUAAGCAAACACUGGAGGGAGACAUUACGGCUGCUCCACUGCGGGAACUGAAUGUGUGAAGAGAAAUACCAAACUGGGUGGCCGGACAGAGACAGUAACGCAACAUCUGGAAGAGGAUCAAAACUGUACAUUUUUAAGUGUAAGAAUCCAACAGACAAAAUAUUUGUAAAUAUUUGUUAGUUUUUCUUUUUUUCGUGAAUGAAUGAAAUGCCUAUUUUGUGACAACAAAAGACAACAGGUGCAGUUUGCCACAGAAAAUGGCUGCAAGCUGGAGGUUUAAAACUGCUUCCCAUUAAUAACUUACUAAAUUACAUUUUCUUCCCUCUUGCCUCGCAUCGUCCACAAUUGCCAAGGCAUCCUGUAGCAUCAUGAUUCCUUACCAAGAAAUUCACUGUGACAGAAAUGCAUCAUCACUCCAGAGAUGCUGAAGUUAACUUUUGCUUGUUUCCAAUGGAAGGAUUUUAUGGAUUUUAGUCCAUGGAACAACUUGUGUUCCAUAAUUUCUUUUUCUCUUGAAAUGUACCAUGUGAUCCAACUAUACUGCAGAUAAGAGACUAAGAGCCGGGACAAAUGUCAGCUUUGACGGGCUGUCUGACGUAAUGGUGUGAAGGUGUGGGGGCUCGGCCUGUGAUUCCUGGUCAGGAUUUCUAAACUGAGACACUAAAAACAAAGUAGGGCCAAAUAAAUAUCCGUCCAUUCCAAAUGUAGCUGUAUUUAUAUGUAGCUACUUAAUUACAGGUGGGAUGGAUGUGAGGGCUUUUACACCAUACGAUGCCUCAUGGAGAAAUAAAAUCACACAGGACUUUUUGCCUCCACACACUGUGUUGUAUUGCGGUGAAGGAGGUAGUGUGGACCUUACAGUGAUGGGAAGG